AUGCCACCCCUAACAACCAACGACUCCGCCGUCCUCCACGCCCUCUUUGACGCCGAAUCCUCCCCAUCCUCAGCAAUACAGAUCGACUCAACCCUCCCCCCAUUCCCUGCAACCCUACAAAUCACUCCAGAAGACCACGAAUCCCUCAGCACCCGCGAAACAUCCAUAAUCAAAUCCAUCCAAACCGACAAUGUCUCACAGGAAACCAUGCACUCCGCCAUUGAAGCCCUAGACGCCCUUAUCGGGGAUCAUCCGACUUACCCGCCUGCCUACGCUAAUAGGGCGCAGGCGCUUCGGAUGCUUGUUGAUAAGCAAUCUAGUCCGAGUGAGAAGCCGGAUAUACGAGACAGCGAUGCGAUGUUUACGGAUCCAGCGAAUACAUCCACUGUCUCGCGUCUCUUCGCGGACCUCGGCCAGGCAAUCAAUCUCUCCACGCCCUCAUCACCAGCAGACCCCGUCUCCCCCGUCCAAGCGCGUAUCUUGGCAGAUGCGCAUACACAUCGCGGGUAUCUGCUGCUCAAAGCCGCGAGGGCGAGAAGGGAUUCCAAGGUUCAAGGAUCGGGGCAACUGUGGGAGUUUGGAUCUGAUCAGCUAGAGGAGAUGGCGAGUAGAGACUUUUUCUUUGGAGGGAGGUAUGGGAAUAAGAUUGCGCAGCAGAUGGCGGUGCAGACGAAUCCAUAUGCGAAGAUGUGUGGGGCUAUUGUGAAGGAGGCGAUGAGGAAGGAGGCUGCGAUGAAUUGA